AGCGAUGACAUCCAGGCAGACGACGGCCUCUGAGGCUGCACUGGUUCCUCUGUUUCUGGGCAAACAGAGAUGCAAUGUCACAUUUGUUGUGGACAGCUCAGAGAACAUGAGGGCUGCCCUGGGGUCAGUGAAACGCCUGCUGAUCCAGACCCUGUUGACAAAGGCCUCACUCAGGGACUCUCUCUUCAACAUCAUGACGUUCUCAGGCAAGUUAACCUGCUGGUCCCAACACAUGCUUCCCUGCGCCCCUGACACAGUGUACAUGGCUCUGUCCUGGAUCCACUCCAUCAGCUGCGGUCCCGGCAGGGACCUCCUGGCCGCCCUGAGCAUGUCCCUCACUGACCCCGCCUGUCACGCCAUCCACCUGCUCUGCACGGGCCUCCCCGGCCAGCCAGAGGCAGUACUGGCAGCCCUGCCGGCUCUGGCAGCUGGGAGGCCUGUGAACGUCUUCUACCUGCAGGACUCAGGUGCUCAGCUGGACAGAAACACCAGAGACUACCUGCAGUGUUUGACCCAGGCCACAAGAGGGAGCUGUUAUGUGAUUCCAGUUGGUUUGAAUGGAGUGCUGGAGGAGGCGGUUCCUCUGUACAUUGUGGAGAAGCAAUCAUCAGCAAUGACAAUCUCUCCAGUGAAGUGUUGCUGUCCGUCCACUUCCACCUUCAUCUCACACAACAGCACAUCAUCGCCUCUGCUCAGUCUGGGUAAUCCAUCCAUCCUGUCUGCUCAAAACCUGGGCGGUCCAGAGUUCUUCCCAGGAUGCCGAGUGCUGGCCAGGAGGGAGGUGGAUGGCCUCUACUACCUAGGAACAGUAAUACAGCAAGUACAGGGCCGCGUGGGAGUUUGGGUUGUCGAGUUUGACCAUCCAGGAGGCGCUAGUUUGGGGGUCGUCUCCUCCCAGAGGCAGCUGGUUUGCUCCCUCGACAUGGUGAACCACUACAGAGCUCACACGUGCUGUCUAGUACCUGGUGAUGCUGUCCUGUCGCCAUGGGAAUCAGAUUUGAGAAGAUAUGGACCGGGGAGAGUGAUGGCCGCCACUGAACACAGAGAUGGCUUUGGAGUUGAUGUUAAGAGCCUCCGGGUGCUGAUGUGGAAUGGUUGUGUGUCUCUGGUUCCCGGCAGUCUGGUUUUACCCAUUUCAGCUCCUCAACAUGCCAGAAUAGUCAGGGAGCUCCAAAUUCCGACAUCAGCCUCCAGUCGUUGUUGCAGCUGGCUUUGUGCUCGCAGCUCCUCCUGCCCUCCCCAGCUGUUCUGCACCGACGGCUGUCAGUCUUCAUCUUGCUGCUGUUCAUACUCAAACCCUCGGCCAUGCUUAUUUCCACUCAGCUGUAGGUCCAGCUUUGGAGGAACGGAUGGAUUUGAAAGGGCAGAGCAAGAUAAACAGCCGGACCUAAAAAAUACAGAUGUGAGCAGGAGUGACCCCGAGGUGCCCUCACCCUCCUCCUCUUCAUCUCUUUCUGAGGGUGAGAGCAGAGUGAAGCUGAGGAGCAAACAGCAGCGUCCUCCCUGGAGGUACUGGAGACAAACUGGAUCAGAGCCACAACACAGACAGCCAGGGACUUUAGUGCCGAGGAGGACAUCACAACCUGUGAGGUCCAGCUUCUCUGUCCCACAGAUCAGUGCCUCGCCCAAUCACAGCUCUCUGUUUCAGUCACUUCCUGGUGCUAAAGGAAGAAGAGCGAACAUCAGGGAUGUUUUUGGAACGACCAACUUCAAACCUCAACCACCAGCGGCACUGCGGCCUUUCUCUUGCAACAAUGCUACUUCUGUUUACACAUAAAAGAUAAAAUAAAGUUAAACAACAAAUUGA